AUUUAUUGAACGAUUUUCAAUAUGCCAAUGCAAUCGAAACAUUCCAAAAACUUUGUAAAAGCUCAAGCCAAAUCUAACUACAGCAACGAUUUGCCAGCGAAACAACAUCGCCCGGGAGUUUACAAUCGCCAUCACCCACAGGAAUGCGAUCUCAUGCUUCGAUGGAGACCCAUUCAUCUUCAAAGAGAUGAUCCGUACGAAGGGAAAAAUGUCGUUCAAAUCAUGAACAAAGACAAUGUGCGAAAUUUGCUUAUCCCCAGCAAAGAAUCGUCCGUGUAUCCUGCUUUCUGGUCUAAGGAGGACUAUGAACGCAUGCAGGACAAGGCUAAACUAAAGACGCUCGAGGAUCGAUUGGCCCAAUUUAAAGCAAAUGAGACAGAGAAGAAGAAUAUGCUGGAAGAGUCUGAACGGCGCAAGAAACGACUGCAAGAAAUUGAUCGCGAGCGUCAACAAAAAGGUGGAAAAGUGGGCAACAUACUGGAAGAUGGAGAAGGUGACCGAGACUCCGAUACGAGCCCGAGGAAAAUCAUCGACCGAGCGUUCCUCGCCAAACAGGAGCAAGAGGAAGAGGUCAAACGGGCCAACCGCAUCAUUCUGGCCGCCAAAUGUCACAUUAUACGGGAUGCACAGAUAGCGGAAAAGCAGGAGAUCGAGCGGGAACUACGCACGGAGGAGCUGCGCCUCGAGAAAAUGAUGUUGCAGGAAAAUGAAAAGGCACUCAAAGAAGAGGAAAAGAAAAGGGAAGUGAACAAAGUGCUCACCACACAACACUCGGAGGAAAUACGUAACCAACUGUUGGAACGCGAAAAGAUGCGCCUCAAGGAAGCGGAACGGAUCGAGGAAGAAGCGCGCGUUCUGAAACAGGCACAAAUGGCAAUUGCGGAAGAGGAAAAGCGGAAGGAAAAGGAACGCCACGAUCGUGUCAAUCAGGUCCGCGAGGGAUUAAAGAAGGCAUACGAGCUAUCCGCUCACUACAAGCAGGUCGAGUUCGAGGAGCAACGUAUAGCCGAGCUUAAAAUUCAAGAGUAUAUGCGCCAGAGAAUGGAACGGCAGAAGAAAAUAGAAUUUGAGCGCAAAAUUGCUGCCGAAGUGCGGGAAAAGGAGCACGACCGAAUGCUCAAGAUUCAGCAAAAACUACUCGACACCAAAUCGGAGAAGAAUGAUAUGGACCUUCGGCGGGGCCAGGAGCACAUCGAGCGGGAAUUUCGACGCCGUGAGAAAGAAGCCGCCAUCAAGAAGAAAGAGCUCGAACAACAGUUGGCAGUGGCGCGGGCCGCCCAAUUAGAGGCCGUGAAAACGGAACGUGCCAUGCAGCUAGCUCGCGAUGAGCAAGAGCAUAAAAAAGCGAUUGAAAAGCUAAAAGUUGAAGAAGCCAAGGAGAUGGAACAAAAACGGAAGCAGCUUAAACUGCGUGAAAGAUACCGCGAAGAGAUCAUCCAACAAAUGAACCUCAAAGAGCAAGAGCGCCGCGAAAAGGAACGUAUUGCUAAGAACGAACAGCAAGCCCUACUGGAAGCGGAAAAGAAACGUGACAGGAACAUCAAAACUAUUAUUGCCAACAAAAUAAAAAUGAUGAAAGAGAGCCAGGUCCCGGAACGUUUCAUCAAGGAUGUGGAGCGUCAACUCAAUCUCGGAAAGUGAGCGUGAGUGGAGAGCGCGAGGAGGGCAGGAGGGGGCUCACUGCAUGCGUUUCGCAAGUACGUCUGGUUUCAAUAUCGUGUUUCCUCACUUCAUAUGAAUCUAUCCUAAUAAAUUCGUGUGUGAUUCUUUA